AACUAUGCAUUUUAGCAUUCUAAAUUUAUAGUACUUUUGUGUAGAAGAUUACUUGAGUCGUUUACUAAUAAAUCAAAGUUCUCACUAUCAAAUUUAAAAUUCAAUUCCGUUUGUACAAUAUAAUGAUUACAACCAUGGGACUAGACGAAUAUCAAUGGCUUCGUGGAAGGAGGAGGAGGACUGGAAACCUUUCUGGAAGAAGCCAUUCCAGUUAAAGCCAAGCAUUCUGAACGAAGUGGUAAAACAAUUGCCUCAAGUAUUCCCACCACCCCAAGAGACCGUGAAGGAGUUGGCGGUAAUGUAUAUGAAAUUUAUACACAACAAUUACUCGUCUAGAGACAUCAAAUUUUAUGCUGAUUCUUCUAAACCAAAUUUGGUGACAGUCAAGAUAGCUUUGGACCUUCUUCACAAGGGAGAAGUAAUUGCGAUUCCAAGUGAUACUUAUUAUGAGUUUGUCUGUGACGCAUAUGACAUCGAUGCUUUGAACAAGUUGUAUUCUAUGUCAGAGAAUCCGAAGCCUAAUGUCAUUUUAUGUCUUGGUGGAUUGGAGGAACUCAAAAAGUAUGCGAAAAGAGGCUUUUUAAAGCUGAACGUUUUGGGCGGAAAAAGAAUACCAUUGGUGUCUGAAGAUCACAUGUAUCUGAAUCCUUUUGAGUAUAGGGUUGGAGUCCGUGUGCCGAAAAAUCCGUUCUUACGAGUGUUAGCCAAGAAGCUCGGACGUCCCAUAGCUUUUAUGAAAAGCACAGUCGUAUCCGAUCCUGACUGUCUGCCAAUUUGCACAUUGUGGCCGUUCUGGAGCCAAAGUGUCUUUCAAGAAGAUCGGUAUGAGUCAGUAGACGAAAUGAAAUUACCUUUGCCCAGUUUGUUCCGAGUGGUGAGAGAAGGACAAAUUGUUGAUGCCUAUGACACCUUUGCAAAGCGUGAUGCUCUCCGAGCGAGGAGGAUUGUUGUAAUCAGAAAAUAGACAGCCAUUCAUCAUUCUAAGUGUUUAAUGUUGUGUUAUGUGUCUAUCAAAAUGAAUGUGUUUAAAAGACAACUGUUCUCGUUCAAAAUCAAUCAAACGCUGGUUAAAAACUCUCUUCAACAGCAACUGGCGGUUAGUGUUAAGGAAGUACAGUCCGAUAUAGAGUCUGUAAGACAGAACAGUGAUUCAGCUGCGAGUUCUUUGAUUAUUGUGUUGGAAGCGAUUUUCAUACACGGACUCAAGGAAACGCUGCUGGACAAAAUGUCGCAAGCUAUAGGCACCGACCCUCAUCAUAGGCCGCAACCAAACUUUUGGGCACCACUACUUAUCUUCUCACACAGAGAUGUAAUACAGCAGGUUAACGAGUUGGUGCACGUAACGUCAGACAUUGGCAGAAGCAGAGCAUGGCUUCGUGUAGCGUUGAACGAUGGACUGCUCUCCAGCUACUUGCAGUCCAUCAUCAUCGACAACAGCGCUCUCACAGAAUACUACAACCGCCAGGCCUUUCUCAGAGACAUAGAACGUCUCGAUGUAGCUUUUGAUCUGAUCAAAGGCAUGGAGAUUGGUUGCUUCAAUUACGCUUGCAAUUCUAGUCUUUUGAACACGUGGACCAAUAGUCCGCUGCAGAUGGCGGGUAUUUGGACUCCGCCAAUGAAGUCCUGGCCUAUAGCUUCGGGCACCGAUGUUGUACAGACUCUACCGGACGACAGUAAUGUUGCUGACUCCUCCCAUGUUUCCAUCGCUUCUUAUUCCCUUCAAGAUUCGCUGCUCAAUCCCCAGCUCAUGUUUGAUGAGGAGGCCGCAUUGAAGAUAAUACUAGGUACACCAAUCGACGAUAGUCCGCUACGAGUACGACUGAACGAAGAAGACGCUGCAAUGUCUUCGUCAACACCAGACCAUCAUUGUUCGUCUAAAAGUGAGGCAACGACCAACUCUGCUACUGAUCUAGACGCGAUAACUCCAUCCGAGACGAAAAAUAUUGUUGCUUCAUCUAGCACAUUGCAGAGCUAUGAUUCGUUGCUAAAAAGCUAUAAUAAAGAUCCUGUGCUGAAACCGGUCAAUCUGCAACAUGUGAUUGAACAGUAUCAGAAUCAGAGCGAUGUGGCUGAGCCUCCCAACAAACCGGAACAAUCUCAGAUGACAGUUUCAACAAACUCCUGUUUGGACUUUGAAGUUAUCUCAAAAAAUACAUCAGAUGUGAUCAAUAUUCCAGACUAUAGUAUGUUGGUUUCAAAACUAACGCAUAUACCUUUGGAGCAAGGUUUAGCCUCUCAAAAUUAUAGCUGUGAAGAUUGCAAAACACCGUUGGGAAUCAAUAUGGAGAAUAUAAGAGUUUGCGGGUAUUCUGGAUAUUAUUAUUGUGAACGGUGCUUUUGUGCGCCAGGGGAAGAGGCAGUUAUACCCGCUCGAAUUCUGUAUAACUGGGAUUUCAAUAAAUAUCCAGUAUCCACGAAAGCUUCGAAAUUCCUUCAUGAAGUUCAAAACCAUCCAAUGUUUGAUAUGAAAACUAUCAAUUCCAGAUUGUACGCUGUGGUUGAAGAAAUGGCUAACUUACAGGCUCUACGAAUGCAAUUAAAUCUGUUGAGGGGAUAUCUGUUCACUUGCAACCAGCCUGUGGUGGAAGAGCUGAAGAAGCUAAUCUGGCCACGAGAGUACCUCUUCGAGCAUGUACACUUGUACUCUGUAGCGGAUCUAUUAGAAAUAUCAUCUGGUGUACUUGGUCAAUUGUUGGUUAAAGUUGUUCUGUUUGCAAGGGAUCAUGUUCUGUCAUGUACCCUUUGUAAGCUGAAAGGCUUUAUUUGUGAAGUUUGUUCUUCGCAAAUUAUAAUCUACCCGUUCGAUCUUCAGAAUUACAAGUGCAAUACAUGUAAUGCUGUUUUCCACUUGGUUUGUUUGAACAGACUGAAACCAUGUCCGAAAUGUGAACGGUACAGAAAACGUCAAAUUGAUACAGCAUGUAUGGAAUAGUAGAUUCAGCAGGCAAACUGAGGGAUAAAAGCGAUUUUGAAACAUUGCUGUUAAUAUAAUUUAAUAUAAUACCCAACAGCUGAAAAGUUCAAACACUAUAGAACGUUUGAUGGAAAUUACUCAAUUUCAGACCAAAGAAGUCCAUAUGGCCGAUUAAUUUAUAUGCUUUUAAGCUUUAAUUGAAAACCUAAUAAAACAUUCCACAACUCACAAGUUUCAAAAAUAUAAAACUUUCCGUGAAAACUCAAAGCCAUGAGAUCAGUACAUUUGUAAUGUAAAUAAUUUGAUUAAAAUUAAUUCUAAUGUAAUUAAUUUUGGUUGGUAAAUAAAUUUUAGUAAUGUAACUUUGCCAGAGAGUUAACAAUAUUAUUAUAUUUGUGUAUGCACUGAAUAGAUAACCAGGUAUGUGAUCAAAUCACUUUCACCUUGUGCGCUAUGAUGCUUGAUGUGACAUGAGCAACUUUUAAAAACAUAGAAUCGUGAUCAUUUGAUUUUAUAACGUUUGCAAUGUGUUGCUCAUGAUAUGUUGUCGCUUGGUGAAUCGUAUCACAUUACUGGACAUGCCAAUAUGAAUAGUAUCGUAUUACUGGACAUGCCAGUAUAAAUAGGCCUAGUAUCGUAUUAUUGGGCAUGCCAUUAUAAAUAGGCCUAGUAUCGUAUCACUGGGCAUGCCAGUACACCACUCAUUCUCUUUGCUAUGGGAUCUUCCCAGUUCUCAGUACUCUCAUACUUUAUCGAAAUUGAUCGUCUCAUUAAUACUUUAUAUUCUGUUUCACAGAACCCCAGUGUACAGAAAUUUUGUUUUAAUGAUAUUCGAGUUUUUUUAAUUCAAUAUAAGUUUUUAUAAUUUAAUUAUGAAUGCUAGAAGUACAGAACUGAAUUCGAAAAAUUUACCAUUAAUAAAAGAAAGGGUAUCUCUUUCCUUGAAAGAGGAGUAUCUCUGCGAUUUCCAUAGCUGGUUAAUCACAUAUCGAUAAAAUCUUCAGCACGAUUAGGCAGGACCAAAAUGAUGUGGAUUUUGAUCAUUAUCGACAAAUCAUCAUUCAAUUCGUAAUAUUGAAUCUUCAGACAUUGAACACCAUCUAAUUCAAAGCAUGUACAAUAAAGAGAUGAUGAGAAUAACAAUUUGAAACAAAUGAAGAAUAAUCGUUGCUAUUCUGACAAUUUCAAGUUCUGAAGGAUUAAUUUCCAAGGUGAAUUUUUCAAAUGAAUGAUGAAUUUUUCGAUUCGAUUCCCAUUCAGUCACGAAUUUUUAUUUUGCAUGCAAAAAUUAUUCUAAUGCUACUAUCUUAAAGAACUAUUUUUUCUAUUAUUUUUAAUAUAAUUUUUUUCAUUUCAAACUUCAUGGUCGCCAUUUUGUUGGAUGUCCAUUGUGAUGGACACUGUGACUCAAUGACCUAUUUGGAAGGAACUAAAAAUAAAAUGAGAAAUUCAGAAAUCGAUCAUAACUCAUUUAUUUCAAUCCAAAAAUACUCAUUCUUUUAACAAUAAACAUAUAUUAUAUUUUACUACUUAUUCCCUAAUCAGUAUGGAAUUUUAGAAAGCAGUUUCUGCCUCUCAUUUGACAUAAAUGAACAUUACAUUUUAGGCAGUAUACAUGUGUUUUUUUUUUUUGGAAAACCCCUCAAUUUGCACCUUGUUGCCUCUUUGUUGUCAUCUGUAGCCCCAAAAUGAGAAAUUUGGUCAAGACGUACAUGCACGACAGGUGGAACUUCCUGCCGUGGCCUGGAAGGUCCAGGUCGAGGAGCUGCUGGUUGUGGCUCCGCUGAUGCUUCAGCACUGCUUGGCCUACCCCUUUUUCGUUUUAGAAGUGGCUUUCCUGCCAAGAUUAAUGCUUCACCAACCUCAUGACGAAACAUGAGAAGGUCCAUAAUUUUGUUUUUUUGAACCCCCAACUGCUCUUUAUAUUCUAGCCAUGAAUUGACUAGAGCUAAAUCAAUUGAAUGGGCGAACAUUCUGAAAGUCCACUUUUUUGAUUUUAUAUGAGUCCUAUAAAGACUUAUUAGAAAAUCAAGAGUGUCAACCCCACCCAUAUUUUUAUUGUACAGCUGUACAACCUCAGGACGGGAAACUUCAAUAUACUCUUUUUGAUUUUUGUCCCAUCGUCUACACAAAUCAUUUUUUCCUAUCCCUACAAAAUUAGAAGCCAGAAUGACCGGCUUGUUGUCAUACCAUUUUGUAAUAAUUAUCCCAUCUCCACUCACUACCUACUUCCUGGGCAUAACCCCUCCCAUGCCUGAGCAUUUCCCUAUCAGUGAUUAGAGGGGGUUUACCAAAUCUGUUUACUCGUAUUGUCCAAGCUGCAAAGCAAUCUUUAUUGAGUAAGUAUUGGAACAAACUAUACGUACUGAAAUAAUUAUCAAAGUACAGCUGGUGGCUUGGUUCAUUAUUUACUCUAGUAUGGAGCUGCAUGACUGUACCAGCUCCAGCCCCAAACUGUAGGUACUUUUUUCGAUUUCAGUGGUAGCACCCUGAUACGGAAUAAAGUCAUAAGCCAAAUCAUUUUUAUCGCAGAGAACAAAGUUUUUAAUGCCAUAUUUGCAAGUUUUGUUUUUCAUAUAUUGACGAACAUUCAAUUUCCCUCGAAAGGGAAUCAUUUGCUCAUCAACACACAAUUCUGUUUGUAGCUCAAGUUGCCUACAUCGGUCGCGAACAGCAUUAUACAGAGGCCGUACUUUCCAGAAACGGUCUUGUGUAUUUUUUUCCUCCAAAUUAUUUACAAAAUGAAUAUUUUGCCUCAAUUUGAAAUAACGAUUGACAGGCAUAUUAUUAGCAAUUAAAUCAAUUCUCAAUUUUUGAUUCCAAUAACAUCGAACCCUUGGGUAAUUCAGAUUUACUAUCAAGACAUGAAUUCCAAAAAAGUGGCUAUUUCAUGUGAGUUACAGGGACCAGGGACUGAAAACUGCAUUAUUUUCAAGGGCAUAUAUGUUUGUUUUUUCGGCUGUAAGUUCCAUGAAACUAGAUGGGAAAUAUUUAUUGAAGAAAGUGAGAGGGGUGGGAAAAUCAAAUAUUUCUGGCACCUGAGGUUCAAACCAA